AUCCAAUCAGAUAAUAAUGUAUGUGUACGGUGUAGUUCCCGCACAGACAUGGCUCCACAUGCUGAAAUACUGCUGUUUAACCUUGAUUGAUCAGUUUCUUCGUUUGAGACAAGCCUAAAAGAGCAACAUGCAGGCUGCUAUGGAUAUCACUGCAAGGUAUUGCAGUAAAGAAAUGGAGGCAUACGGGUCAUGUGUGGCCUCCAACCCAUCAACAUGGCAGCAUAAGUGUCUUGAGCUGAAGAUGAAGGUUGCACAGUGCACAUCAUCACAUCCAGUGAUCCAGAAGAUCAGACAGGACUGUUCCAAGGAGUUUGUGGAGUUUGAGCACUGUUUGAGAGAAAACCAGGACAAACCUACCUCCUGCUCACCACAUGUGGCUCGCUUUCUGGGCUGUGCAGAGACAGUGGACCUCACUGGAGUGGAUACAAAUCCAGUACCACAGCCAUCAUAGAAUUUUAACAUCUUCCAUCACCUUCAGAUUACUCCUGUAUCCACAGCAGCACAGAUGGGCUUGUCUCACACGUGUCCCGGCCAUGUUACAAUAUGUACAGCGACUGUUAGGAUAUACUGUAUGUUACACCUCUGUGUGACUUAAUGUGACUGUUUGUCUUUCUUCAACAAAGAUAUAGGAGAUGAAUGCAACCACACUGUCAGUUAGACAGGUCUUGUAUUUACUACUUAUGUAAAUCUUUUGUUCAUGUGAAAAUAACUUUUAUACUUGCCUGUGUACAAUGACUGGGUUUUGUUGAACCAUCUCAUUAAAAUUUACAUCAGACUUGUAUUACUCA